CUCAGAGCAGCCAAAUCAAACUCUACUUACUACAGUAGUAUACAUAAGUACGAUCAUCCCUCAUCCCGUAGCCGUUUUAUCGACGAGAGUUCGACUACUUGAGAAGGCGCCCUCUCGACUACAUACACAGUACAUACGCGUGGCCACCAAAAAAUGGACGACCACUCUUCCAAACAUCGCCUUGUCGACAUCCACACGCACAUGUACCCCCCCGAGUACGUCGACAUACUCUCCUCGCGCACCACCAUCCCCCUCGUGCGCACUUUCCCCUCCUCCCCCGAUCCGCGCCUCAUCCUGCUAGAAUCCGAGAUCCCUUCCCUCGAGCGCGCCCUGGCCGACCCGGACGCGCCCCUCCCCGGCCGCCCGCUGACCAAGCACUUCACCUCGCUCCCCGCCAAGCUCGCCUUCAUGGCGCGCCACGGGAUCGACACGUCGGUCCUCUCGCUCGCCAACCCCUGGCUGGACUUCCUGCCCGCCACCGAAGAGGCCGCGCGCACGGCCCGCCGCAUCAACGACUCGUUCGAGGCCAUGUGCGCCGCCCACCCGGGCAGGCUCUUCUUCUUCGGCACCCUGCCCCUCACCGCGCCCCCGCCCGCCAUCCUCGAGUCGGUCGCCCACCUGGCCGCCCUGCCCCACUGCCGCGGCGUCGUCCUCGGCACGGGCGGUCUCGCCGGCGGCGGGAUGGACGACCCGGCCCUGCUGCCCGUCCUGCGCGCCCUCGCCGACGCCGGCCUGCCCGUCUUCCUGCACCCGCACUACGGCCUGCCCAACGCCGUGUUCGGGCCGCGCUCCGCGUCCGGCGAGUACGGCCACGUGCUGCCGCUGGCGCUGGGGUUCCCGAUGGAGACGACGGUCGCCGUGGCGCGCAUGUUCCUGGCCGGCGUGUUCGACGCCGUGCCCCGGCUGGAGAUGAUCCUGGCGCACUCCGGGGGGACGCUGCCCUUCUUGGCGGGCAGGCUGGAGAGCUGUGUCGCGCACGACGCGGCGCUCGUCGGGAAGAACCACGCGGGGGCGGGAGCGGAGAAAGGGAGGAGGAGGAGGAGGACGGUGUGGGAGGUGUUGAGGGAGCAGAUCUAUCUGGACGCUGUCAUCUAUAGUGAGGUGGGCCUAAAAGCUGCGGCAGAGGCCAGUGGCGGGGCGGAGAGGUUGAUGUUCGGGACGGACCAUCCGUUCUUUCCGCCUGUUGGGGAGGGGGCAGACGCGGAAGGGGAGUGGGAGAGCGUCAGGCUGAAUGCGGAAGCCGUAAACAAGGCGCUUGGGGAUGGGAGUGAGCAGGCGGCGAUGGUCAUGGGCGGGAAUGCGGUCAGGGUGCUGCGGUUGUAUGAUGACGCUUAGAGCAGGGCCAAGGAACGAUGCCCCCACCCAAACCCCCCCCC